UUUCUGUCUCCUCUUCCGGCUCGUCUUCUCGAUCCCCCGGCCUCUCGUACCAGUCACCUCCUCCGCCUCCGGCUUCGCGCGCGAACCCAUCUCUCUCUCUCUCUCUCUCUCUCAUCCCAUGCCAUCGCGGUUCUGAUCCGGCUGCUGCCAUGCAGCAUCGCUCGCCAGCGGCCGCGUCACCCUCCGCUUCCGUGGCGGCUUCGGCGGCCAUGGCGCCGGGCGUGGGCGGUGUGGAGCCGGCCGUGACGCUCGACCAGGUCCCGCGCUGGAGCGACCCCGACCAGCGCAUCUGCGCGUCGUCCCCCACGGCCUCCGGAUCCGAGACCCCGUCCUCGUCCUUCCUCUCCUUCUCCGACCCGCUCACAGGCGACGACGCGGCCGCGGGGCCCGGGGACCGCGGCGCGUCCCGGUUCCCCGUGGACCACGAGAUCAACUCGAAUAUCUAUCUCUGGCGAGGAUACCCGUGGAACCUCGAGGUUGACGCCGUUGUCAACUCCACCAACGAGAACUUGGACGAAGCUCAUAGUAGUCCUGGGCUUCACGCUGCUGCAGGGCCAGGGCUAGCCGAGGAGUGCGCCACCUUGGGUGGGUGCCGGACUGGCAUGGCUAAGAUGACCAAUGCCUAUGAUCUGCCUGCCAGGAAGGUCAUCCAUACAGUGGGCCCUAAAUAUGCUGUCAAGUAUCACACAGCUGCAGAGAAUGCGCUUAGCCACUGCUACAGGUCUUGUUUGGAACUACUCAUUGAGAAUGGCCUUGAAAGCAUUGCAACUGGUUGCAUAUACACGGACGCCAAGAAUUACCCUCGUGAACCAGCUGCCCAUGUGGCAAUAAGAACUGUUAGACGUUUUCUGGAGAAGCAUAAAGACAAAAUAAAAGCUAUUGUCUUUUGUACAACAUCAUCAUCUGACACAGAGAUAUAUAAGAGAUUGCUUCCACUAUAUUUCCCUCGGGACAAGAAUGAAGAAGAGAUUGCUGCAUUGAAACUUCCAGCUGAUGUUGGGGACGAAAAUGGUGAAACAAUUAUAGAUGAAAGGAAAAUAAGAAUAAAACCCUUGCCCGCAGGGGCAGAAAAUAGCAAAACACCAAUUCCUGCACUUGCAGAUAUCCCUCUUCCUGAUUCUGCAUUGACACGUAGAAGGAAUUCUUUCAAGUUGGACUCAUAUCUGGAUCCUGCCUUUAUGUCUAUAAUUAAAGAUCCUGAUCUCCGACGCAAGGAGCAAUGGGAAAAAUCCGCCCAGGCAAAUAAGGGAUUUAACUUUGUUAACUUGCUUGGGUUUGGUGAUCUUGGCAGUCCACCAUUAUCUGCUGCUGAAGAAUAUUCACUUCAUUCACGAUACCUUGCUAAAGCAAAUUCUAUGAGCCUUUCAGAUAUUGCUGAAAUGAAAAUAAUUUAUCGUGGAGGAGUUGACAGUGAAGGGCGUCCGGUUAUGGUUGUUGUUGGUGCUCACUUUCUUCUUCGAUGCUUGGAUAUUGAACGCUUUGUUCUAUAUGUAGUAAAGGAGUUUGAACCUUUGAUUCAAAAGCCUUAUACAAUUGUCUAUUUCCACUCUACAGCAUCCUUACAAGUACAACCUGAUUUAGGAUUCAUAAAACGAUUACAACAAAUACUAGGUCGGAAGCAUCAGAAAAAUCUUCAUGCUAUAUAUGUACUCCACCCAACACUGGGAUUGAGAACAGCUAUUUUGACGAUGCAGCUUUUUGUUGAUAGAGAGGUCUGGAAGAAAGUUGUAUAUGUUGACAGACUUGUGCAGCUAUUCAGAUACGUACCACGCGAACAACUAACCAUUCCUGAUUUUGUCUUUCAGCAUGAUCUCGAAGUGAAUGGCGGAAAGGGCAUAAUCGUUGACCCAAGAACAAAGCAUGUCUACCAAAGGCCAUCUGGUUGAUCUGUCGUGAACUUGCAAAUGAGAGCUCCGCGGUUACCACUCUGUACAAUCUAUCUGUCAUCUGUGGAAGAGUUCCCUUCUAGAUCUGUACAUUUUGUAUCUAGUUGAGUUGGCAUUGCUAUGUGCUAUUCCUUCAUUUCCUUUUAGGGACGGGUAAUUAUGUAUCCUAUUUUGUAUAAACAAAUAAAGGAUUAAAGGAUGUAUCUAAAUGUCUUUUUAAGUUUUCUAGAGCUGGGUGUACUACUGUACUCUUUGGGUGCUGUGAAGUGUAGAAUUUUGACUGGUCCCUGAAAUAGAAAUGUUAUCUUUUUAUUGGACGCAA